UUUUUGUUUUUAAGUUUAUUUUUAAUCCAAGUUUAUUUUUAAGUUUAUUAUUAAGUUUAUUUUUAAGUUCAUUUUUAAGUCUAGGUUGUAUUCUUAAGUUCAUUCUCAAGUUUAUCCUCAAGUUUAUUCUAGGUUUAUUUAUCAGGUUAGGUUUAUUUUAAGUUCAGUCUUAAGCUUAUUUUUUACCAAGCUUAUUCUUCUUACACUAUUAAGUUUAUUUAUUAUUUCUGAUUUAAUUCUGAUACAACAAAAAAUAAAUGUUAAUUCAACCAAACCCUCGUUGUUGUCCCAGCAGCUUAUUUUCACUAUUUUCCUCCCCCAUCUAUUACCAACCUCUUUUUAACGACCAUCCUUCUACCUCUACCACUUCACCUUCCGGAAUUUUUCGCUUUUCAAAUGUUCUGGUUUUGAGGAAAACGGCUUUAUGGGGAAUUGCUUUGAUUUUUCGUUUAACUAUUGUAAUGAGAUUAUUUUUCUGAUUUUUAAUUUAAAAAAUAUUUUUUUCGGUCAUUUCUGGAAUUAUUUUUGGAUUUGCUCUUUAUCAUCGUACUACAAAUCUGUGGGCAUUAAAAAAUCUUGGUGACACAUUUAUGUCUAAAAAUAUUGGAAGAAGGCCUAUUGUUCUAGGGGCAUUCCACAGACUUAAAGAAGAACAGAAUGUGGAAGGGGAUUAUGUGGUAAUCCAAUUCCUCGGGGAUGGACGUCAAACACACACCCUAUUUUGUAUUAGUGAAAAUAACAACGGGGAAAAGUUGAUAACCAGAGCACAUAUAGAACGCAUUCACAAGGGGAAACGUGCAGCUAACGACUUGUGUUCGUGGAGUGGUCAUUUAGCGGAGUGUAAAAUUGGAUCAGCAGAUGUAAAUUCAAUAAGGCGAGAUAUGAUAAAUAUUUUUAAAAAUCAGAAAAAAAUUUUUUAGACUAACAACAAACGGAAAUUUAUUAUCCACCACUGACUUGGCAAAUUUAAAAGAACGCUCAAUUUCCGUUCAGUUAGAAGAACCCCUUUAUU